AUGUCUUCGAAUCCUUCAAAUUACUUAUAUAAUUUGGCGCACGCGACGCUCUUCAACCCAGCCUUGGCCCAGUCGUACUCGUUUGAUUUCCAUGCAAAUACCACCCAUCCAAACCUUUCCAUCAACAAAACCUCACAAUGUCCCAUUUGCAAGAUUCCUUGGGUUCCCGGAUGGAAUGUCAGUGCGAGAAUCAAAUAUAUCAAAGUGUUGAAGAAAUCAAAAAAGUUCAGGGAACGGGUGUUGAUUUAUCACUGUUUAGCAUGCACACAACUGGUGAAAUUUGAUGGGUUGAUUCAAAAGAAACCAGAUACAGCUGAUGGCCAAUAUACAGGUAAAAUCAUCCCCGAAAAAGAGUGUGUUGAUGAUAAGAAGAAAAAAGAGAAUAUUGACGAUACAAAGACGAAUAAUACCAAUCUUCUGAAAGUUACGAAGAAUGGUGCUAAUGAUAGUAAGACGACAGCAAAGAAGAAAAAGAAAAAGAAGAUACAGUUACCAAAGAAGGCCCCUGUUCCAAAGAAAGAUUCUUUAUCAUUGUUCGACUUGAUGAAUGAUAAUAACUGA